AUGGACGACUUCGCCCUGAAGAAAGCAUUCAAGAAACGAACAUACAUCACUGAGCAAUGCACUCAGGCUAUUCGUGGCCUUAGGAUUCCCCAAUCACUGGGCUCCUCAGCAUCCCGUGCUUGUGUUGCGCGGGGACUUCGCUACCAUCCAGGGUUUGCACUUGAACUCCAAUGCCAAUAUGAUCGAGAUCGAUUCUUUACCCGGGCUAUAAAUGCUCGACGCAUCAUGAGCAAUGAGAUUCCUGAUUUUCAGAAUGCUCGCGAGAAAUUCCCUAUUGUAUCUGCCACAUAUCGAGCCCUAGUCCUUCAAUACCCUCCCCUUAAAUACCAUGUCGGCAGAGCGUGUGCUGUAGCUGGGUAUACGGAUUUAUAUCGGGAGCUAGAUCUGCUGCCUGAGGCGCAUAUUGCCGAGGAGGCUCGCGAUAAUGGCAGUAAUGCUAUAUUCGAGAUGAUCAUGGCGAGUCCGGUCAGGUAUCGAGUGAUGAACGACUAUACUCGCACGGUCAAUUUGGGGAAUCCUCCUAUUGGUGGCAUGAAUGGAGACACAUCUGUCCGGUCCUUCUUAGAGAGAAAGCAGAAACAUAGCGGCCUCGCCAACCGUCCAGGAUUGAAGGAUUUAUUAUGGAAUAUCACCGAAGAUAUGAACGCGGAUGAGUUUGACUCAGAGCAACCACCUACACAGGAUGUGUCGGAAUUUCUUUAUACCCCCCUACCAUUCGAUUUACCAAAUAUCGAUAAAGAUCUUCUGAUUCUAAUGGCUGCUUGGAAUGGCAAUGUGGAUCGAUAUAGCCGUUUACGCCGUCAUGUCAUGAUUAAGAAAGAGUUCGCAUGUGUGAUCCGCGGAAUCUGCCACGACACAUUCUUCGCUAAGUGGUGGUCAAGACAACUCCCAUUAGAAGACGAGUGGAAAGACAAGCGUUUACAACGAGCGAUCACUGCCCGCUUCAUCAUGAGCAACGACUUAUCGCAUAUUCCUUUAAGGCCAGCCUCUGAGAUUCCUCCUCCCCCCUCAACCUCACCGCGGGCCUCGCGACAAUGCCUUCUCUCAGGAAUUUCCAUCCUGCAUUUGACCUAUCGUGAACUCGCCUAUCGGGAGCCCCGUAUGGCAUUAACGGUCGCACGCGCCUGUAUUAUUGCGAAUUACCAGGCUGUCUACCAAAGCCUCAAUUUCUUCCCGACACGUGCUCUUAUCUGA